AUAGAUGUAGAGAUAGAGAUAGAUAUAGAUAUAGAUAUAGUUGCGAUCUAGUGUUUGUUUCGUCCUUUCUCUAUUUCAGCCAUCCAUGUCGGAGUCGCAGCCGGGCUUGAUGGACUGUCUCAAUGACACCAACGAAUAUACGUCGCGCUGUCUUCCGAGCUCAGAGCUCGAGGAUAAAGAGCGAUGGGUCGGGUACGUGGUCGUGGUUGCGUUAAUCUUCGGCGGCGGGAUAUGGCUUAAAUGCUUCGGGGAGUGGCGGUGCGAGGGAUACCUGGGAGAUCGGGUGCUCAUGUCCGACAUUCUCUUAGUGGCAGCGCUACUACUCAUGUGCGUAAUCGGCUUCGUUUGCAAAUAUUGCGGCAAUUGCUGUAUGAGAAUAGCACAGAUACCGUUAUGUUCGCUGUUCAUUGUGUACGUGGCCUGCUUUCUGGCGCUGCUCUACUACACAAUCUUCGCCUUUGUCGUCACGCAGAGUCGGGGAGCGGGAUCUGACUGGCUGCGGAAUAGGUGGAACGAUGGCUACUGGAGCGCGAUCGGGACGUGCCUUUACGACGAUCGCAACCUGUGCAAGCUCGACAAGUCGCCCCGCUCCGCGUACCCGGAAGAAAGCAUCGGGCUCCCGACUGGACAAGCGCAGGGAGGAGGGCGGUAUCCGCCGCCGCCGCCCCGCGCGGGCGCGCAGACCAGCGCCGGGCUGCCCCAUCGACCUGUGCAAGCCGGAGGAAGGAGGCUGCUCGCGGCCUUCGCACCAUCAUCAUCAUCAUCAUCACCAUCACCAGCAGCAGCAGCAGAGGCGAGCACUGCUGCUGGGUCGACUGGGCUGCUCCGCCCAUCCGAUCCAGUGCACCGAGCUGAUGACAUGUCCCGUUUGCAGAGGAGCUGCUGCGCCAUGCCUGUUGGGUGUGCAGAUAGCCUAGCAGCAGACGGCAGCGGCGUGUACUAUACGAAGAAGAAGAAUGGCACCGCACGGGGAAGUAGUAGUAUGCCUCCCCCUUUGACUUCAGACUGCGACCGAUUCAACAACAGCGAUUAUAAGAACCCCCUGUGCUUCGGGUGCGACGAUUGUAAGGAAGCGUUCGAGGCCAAUGUGAAGAAAGCAUGGCGUUAUUUCGCCAUUUACAAGAUAGUCUGGUUGGCGGUCUUUGCGGCGCCAAUCUGCGCUGCGAUUCUGGGAAGGGAGGAGGCAGCCUAGGCAAAAAAACGCGCCAAGGAAGCUCAUCAGUCGCAGUUGGAGGCGGGGGAAUGAGGGCAAGCGGCGGGGGCGAAAAACCGUAGACACCUUUCUUGAC